AUGCCGCUGGUGUCCGUAUCGCAAAGGAAGGAGGAUGGCACGCCCCUGCUGGGGAUUGGUGAGGAGAUGAUCCUCGCGCUUCCCGGAGUGGAGUGCCAUUUCGACCCGUCCGGCCCAUCUGAGGGUCCUGGCUCGCUCUACGUCACCACCAAGAACGUCAUCUGGCUUUCGUCACAAGUGUGCAUCGGCGACAAGGGCUACGCGCUGGAUUUCCCCUACAUCGUGAUGCACGCCAUUGCCGGCGCCGAGUCGUCUCUGUACGGCGGCCGAGCGUGCCUCUACUGCCAGCUCGAUGGCGACGACCUCCACGAGGUGGCCUUCAUCCCUAGCGACCCAGCAGCACUGCAGGGCCUGUACUCGGCCUUCAGCCGAGGGGCCAUGCUGAACCCGGAUGAGGAGCAGGAGGGCGAGGGUGACUUCUACUACAACGAGAACGAGGUCGGCGCGGCCACCGGUGAGAGGCUGGAGGGCAUGAUGGACCUGUCCCAGCUCCAGGACUCGCUUCCCCACGACGGCUAUGGCGAAGAGCAGUUUGAAGAUGGCGAAGAGGGCGGCAUGGAAGAUGGCACGCACACAUCAAUUCCUUCUGGCUCAGCCCGAAGGAAAAGGGCCGGGAGACUGUUUCUAUGUGCACGUUUGACUACAGCACCCUCCCGGUGGAGAAGAAGGACACCGAGGCCAAGAAGGAGCUGCCGCCAUCGGAGAUCUUGGCCGGGUACAUGGCCACCAACCCGUGCCUCAACUUCAAAAACGACCAUGGCUACACCUUGUGCAUCGGCAAGAACGCGACACAGAACAUCAACGGCGCCAAGACCGAGUCUGUGCUCCUCGGCACCUUCAAAGAUUGGACCGCGCAGGGGGAGCAGGCCUACGAGGGCGGUAGCGGUGAGCACUGCACAGCCCCGCGAACCGCCACCGUACAAUUCACCUGCGAAUCGGGCAAUCGCGUCGGUGUCAGAGCCCGUCACGUGCAAGUACCACUUUGUGGUGGGCACGCCGGAGGCCUGCGGCCACCGGGUCUUCGAGCGGUCGGCCGCCGUGGCCGGAUCGGAGACGUGGUACAUGGAGAUCUUCGAGGCCCACGACGAGGCGAUUGGCUGCGUAGUGCACGCUGCCGGCUUUGGUCAGUCCUCGCCCAUCCACUCGGGCGUCGUCACCGACUUCUCGCUCGGCCUGGAGAAGGACAAAACCGCUCUCGCCAUCGCCUCCUUCGAAGCCAGGCAUGGCCAGCGUCUGUCGUACGGGCGCCAGGAUGUCCGCGUGAGCGAGGGCGUUCUCAAGCCGCGCAGCUUGCCACUCCCCGCUUUGCCCAACUACCUGGCCAUCACCGCAACGACGACGACGGCGUAG